CGACGGCCAUUGAUUGAUCAAAAUAGUUAAAUUUUUAUCUGAGAUCAAUUGUUUCGCUUCUAUAUUAAACGAGACAUUAGUUUUAUUGGUUUUAGGAGAACAUAAAAGUUAAAAAUUUAAAUAUAUAAUUAUUCGAACAAAUAAAUAAGUGGAUAUUAUUGUAGUAAAAUUUUGAUUGGACAAAGGGCAAUAUAUUGCCUUUGGUGUGGCGAAUUCACACCACUACCAAAACCAUUGUCCGAAAAAUCUUACCACGUUACAGAGGAGUCCAGCGAAAUGGAUCCAAACUACGCGACAUCUUAGCAAAUUCUCUUCCUGGUGGAGGCAACGCACAAGUUCGCGAAACGCUCCAUAACAUCGCUAGCUGUCGUACUUGGUGUGAUUUUACUCCAGCACAGAGAAAAUAUUUCAACUAACUCCUUUCCCCUUCAUAACCAUAUUUAUAUAACCGUUUUUUAAUCCAUAAACCUAAUUGAUACAACUGGAUAAAUAUGUUCCCAACUGACCACCAAAGUUAUUUUAUAAUAACAUACUACCUCGGCUAGUCGUGAAUAGCGGCUGCUAUAAUAUUCAACUAUAACAACUAUCCAAAGACGCAUUACUACAUAUACAUCUUGUAAGUUUUCCACAUCAAUAACAUUAUUAUCAGGAAAUAUAGCAUUAUACUGCAAAUGUAAGGAGAGUGUGCGUUCAACAGCGGGUUCAACAAACUUAUAUAGAUAUGGGGAAUCUCAUGCAAAUCAUUUACACAACAACAUUUUUUAUGUAUUUGUAGCCAGAUAUUUUAUUCAUUCGUUCAUUGAGCAUAUUUUGACAAUAUAAUAUUUCUGUGCGUAUUAUUCAACACAUUUCUGAAAUUCCCGAAUAUUUCGUUUGUAAUACAACUACAAAAAUGCAACGGUGGUUUUUCGCUGAUGAGGCAGAGGAUUGCGAUGCCAUGGCGGCGCCUGUGGCAUCAUCGUCCUCAGUGGAGUUGUUUCAACCUGCUACACCGGUACAGGUUAACUGGAAAUUUUGGGUCCAAGUAAAUCAAGAUUUAGCGCCUAAUGAGCGUCUGGCCAUUGUUGGAAGCACCGAACGUCUGGGCAAUUGGCAGUUUAGCGAGUGUAUAGUCAUGAUGAAGGAAGAUGACAAGAAUCUAUGGUACACCUAUGUUAGCAUUCCGCGUGAUACUCGCACCGAAUACCGUUAUUUAGUGGUUGCAGUCGAUCCGACAGCUGAAAAAACGAUUGUGCGUAAUUGGGAGGCCCAUCUAAAGCCACGUUCUGUCGUACCCGGUGUAAAUCGCAAGACUAGGGAGUGUGACGAAGAGUAUGGCUACAUAAAUGGUGUUGAGAAAGUGGACCGCGGCUGGGUAACAUCCGAGACAAUUGUACAAUUGAAAUUUUUCAAUGCACCCUUCACAUGGAAACAACGCAUGAAGCGGCGAUUAAUCUUUGUUAAAGUGACACCAAUGAACUUGACGAUACCGCAGAGUGGCGGUGCUGGUGGCGGUGCCGGUGGUGAUUACCAUACGUUUUCACAACUCGAAGAUUCACUGUCAAACGACACCCAUGAUACACGUGAGAAUGGUGCAGAUCUUAGCACCGCUUUCGCUUUCAACGAAGUAGCCGUGUUACAAGCUGACGAGUCCGUUAUAAAAGUACAACCACAAUUCGGUACAGCUUGCGGCCCCGAUGACGUAGUAAUCUUCCAUUUGACAAUCGGUGAUUUUGAUAGUACUGCCUAUCUCAUUGAUUUAUAUUCGUACAGCUCGAAAGCAGCUAUGGAUGAGCCGCCCUACCACCUCGGUUAUCACUAUGUUUUGCCAAAUUUACUCAAACGCUCUGAUGGUAACCUGGAAGUUCCCAUUACAUGCGCGACACGUCAUCGGCCAAUGGGCAUGAUGCAGAUAGGCUAUUUGCUGGUGAAACCAACCAAGUGUAUUAAGUUGGACAUGGCGCUGACAUAUACGCGCUAUUGGAACCCCAAAUGGACUGGUUUGGAUGUGGGACAUCGCGGGUCUGGCACCAGUUUCAAGACAAAGGAUUCUGUGAUACGCGAAAACACAAUUACUUCGUUGAAGAAUGCAGUCGACCAUGGCGCCGAUAUGGUUGAGUUCGAUGUACAGCUGAGCAAGGAUUUGGUGCCGGUGGUCUAUCAUGACUUCAUGAUCUAUGUGUCGCUCAAAGCGAAAGGCAGUUGCAAGCCUAAUGAUUUUCUGGAGUUACCAAUGCGUGAGCUAACAUUGGACCAACUGAAUAAUUUGAAGGUUUAUCACACACAAGAGGGCCGUACACGCGAAGAGCGCUGCUUUCACAACGAUGAUCAGCUGGAGCAUCAACCAUUUCCCAGCCUUGCGGACGUCCUGGAUGCCAUCGAUCAACAUGUUGGCUUCAACAUAGAAGUGAAAUGGUCACAGCGGCUCAAAGAUGGCACCAUGGAGGAAGAAUUCGAGCAUACCAUUGACCGCAAUUUGUAUGUGGACUGCAUUUUGAAUGUGGUAUUCCGCAAAGCUGGCGAUCGACGCAUUGUAUUCUCAUGUUUCGACCCUGACAUUUGCACCAUGCUGCGCUUUAAGCAAAAUCGUUACCCGGUUAUGUUCUUAACUCUCGGUGAAACGACGAAAUAUCAAAAAUAUCUAGAUCCACGUGGCAACACCAUUGAAAUGGCUAUAUAUAACUCACUAGCCAUGGAAUUGCUGGGCAUUGUAGCGCACACUGAAGACCUGCUACGUGACCCCACGAAGGUGAAUUUAGCUAAAAGCAGCGGCUUGGUAGUCUUUUGCUGGGGUGACGACAAUAACUGCAAGGAUACAAUUAAAUUCCUCAAAGAAUUGGGAUUGCAUGCCAUAAUUUACGAUAAAAUGGAUGUGCUCACCAGCAAAGAAGUCAAGCAAAGCGUGUUCCUGCUGCAAGCCAAGGAGAGCCAAAAUGAAAUACUCAAACUGCAGGCGCUGGAAAGGGGCAAACUGUGGCACGACAAUGUGCCGGUAGUGCACAAAAAGCACUAAUAAUUCAAGACCCAGACGCAUAUGAUAUUAUAUUUAAGUUACAUUUGCAGUAGUUGCUAAAUUAACGCAAUAAUUAUCAUUAAAAUUAAAAUAAUUCACCAUAAAUCACUUCAUUCACUUUACCAAAUCCUCUUCAUAUAAAUAUAUAUAUUUACUCAUGUAAUGCGUAGUUUUAGUAGCAUAAUCUCCCUUUUUUUUUAUAAAUUAUCCUACAUAAUGCAUGUAUGUUCAAAUUAGUAAAUACUUUUUUUAUUAUGAUUUUUAUAUAUAACCCAGUUAGCGAAAAUUGUUAAAUUAUGACACCAAUUACAUAACGCAAACAUUAAAACUGUGUUCCGCGCAGAAAUUCAACGCUUUUCACUUUUAUAAAUGUACAUACAAUUGAAUUAACGCACAUCAGCUUGUAAAUUACCGACCACGUGCGCAUUUUAUUACUCAAGUUUAUCUGUGGCGUUUUGUAGUCGGUGCCUUUCGAAUAUUUUGUGCAAAAAAAUUAGUAAAUAUAUUUGAAAUUGUGUACGGAUAGCUGGAAAUUUGAAAAAAAAGAACAAUAAA